ACCGCCAAGUAGCUCAGUGUCUUCUCUUUCUAGUCUACUUAGACCUUUAAUGACUGUGCCUUAGAGUUCUAUUUAAAUGCGAGGUUUUGAAGAAUUUAAGGAGUUUAGUGCUGGCUCAAAAAGAUUGAACCCUAAAGAAUUUCUUGGGCGAAACAUCUUUAUUAAAAAACGGAGAAAUAAAGUGGAGAUAUUAGAACUACUAUCAUACGAUGAUAGAACCGGAAAAGCCAAGUUAAAAAGUCAGUCUGAGAGUCUCGACAGUUCCAACCUUAAAGACAAAGAAAUUAUAAGCUCUAAUACUUCAAAGCGGUCUGCUCAAGCUCUUCAGCAUAAAGAUGAAAAGAUAAUCUCAAAUCUUGAGGAGCUAAAUAAAAGAUUUCAGAAACAUGAGGGAUCUUGCAUAGGCGCCAAGUCUUUUACACUAUCCCAAUUGCAUGAAAUUCACGACUAUGCCAGAGAGGCACCAAUAACUAAUUUACUGAGAGAUUGGAUUAUUUAA